AGUACAACAGAGUCUGUUCAGCUGGUUCAGAGCUCCUUCACCAUGGAAUGGUUCAGAGGUCUGACCAAGAUCACACGGAAAAGACAUCUUAACUAGCCAGGCCAAGGCGGCCAGGUCACCUAGAAUGUUGGCCGUAUCACCUCUCUGAAUCCUCUUCCUGGCCCAAAGGUCUUAGUACCCCUAAUAAAACCAGCUGGUAAUUAAAACCUUGAAAACCACACUUCCCUCAUCUGCUUUUCUACCCCAGGCUCAACUAAUUAUUACAUCUAAUAAACAGUCAUUCCCACAUACCAGAAACACAAUUUAAACAGAGUAUAUGUUAAUACAUGAUCAUAUGAGAAAUUGACACCACAUGUGUGUGGGAGCUGCAUGACAACAAGAAUCGUGCAGAUAUGAUCUUCCAAGUUUCCAAUGAAUACUUUGCAUGAAAUAUUAAGUUCAAAAUAAAAAGUGAUCAGUGUGGGGCUGCAACUCAUUAUUUUUGUUAUUGAGUGUUCUUUAUUAUUUAGUUGAUUAAUCCCUUCCACUGUGCUCUGGUCUUUAGAUGUCUUUGUCCAACAGUGAUUAAAAAGAAAAACAGAAAAAAUAAAAUAAAAUAAAUGAAAUAAAAAUGCCAUGGCCAAUCAUCACGUUGGAGAAGCUGGAACCAGAAAACAUUUGAUAUUUCUACUUGUCAGUUGAUUAUUUUUUGACGAUCAAUCAUUACACACACAAAAAUGUUGUAAAUGAAUUGUCUCACGGUUGAUUAAUCAGUUAUUAAUGGUUUCAGAUUUAGAUCAGCGCCAACUGGUCUGAUCUGCGUCAUGUCUUGUCAGCCAUUCAAACACAUUGUCCUUUUGCUAUGACAUUUUCAAAACAUACUUCCACUUCCCAUUUCAUGUCUCUCUUUUUUUUCUUGUUAAAAACCUGGAAGUUGCAGUUGUAUUCUUCAGAGCACUGUAUCAGCCUGCUGACCUGCACACAGCGACGUGCGCACUCGCCGCACAGCGUACGUGUGCGUCCAGUUUGUGCCGCGCUGUGAUUUUCUAUUGGUGCGCCUCAGGAGUUUGGUGGCACCCGAUUUGCUCUGCUGUGGGUGUGUGCGAGCCGCUCGCGUUGACUGUAGUUGACUCCCAUUGGUCGGCAGGGAUCCUCCGGCGCCAUUGGUCUGCCGUGUUCAGUUCCCUCCCUGACAAUUGGCUGGCGCUUUAGUCAUCACGCAAGAAUGCGGAAGUCUCGUAGUCUACUGAGUCACCGUUGUGUCAGCUGAUUCUGUCUGAGAACCUUCGCUGGCACAGCAGAGCCCAGUAGACGGGAGGAGAGGGCGGGAUCUGAAGAGGAGCACCCAGACCAACCGUCUACAGCACUGGCUGGCAGCAUGGGUGAAGAGGGGCCUCCCAGUCUGGAGUACAUCAAGGCCAAGGACCUGUUCCCCCAGAAGGAGCUGGUGAAGGAGGAUGACAGCCUUCAGGUGCCAUUCCCAGUUCUUCAGGGGGAAGGGGUGGAGUAUCUCGGCCGUGCUGACGAAGCCAUCAUUGCCAUUUCUAACUACAGACUCCACAUCAAGUUCAAGGACUCUGUCAUCAACAUGUACCCUGGUGUGGACCAGGAGAUAUCUGUGCCUCUCAGGCUCAUAGAGAAUGUGGAGAGCAGAGACAUGUUCCAGCUGCACAUCAUCUGCAAAGACUCCAAAGUUGUCAGAUGCCACUUUGCAACAUUCAAGCAGUGCCAGGAGUGGGUCAAGCGUCUGCACCGGGCCAUAGCUCACCCUUCCCGGCUUGAGGACCUGUUCGCGCUGGCUUACCAUGCAUGGUGUCUAGGAAGCAGCGUAGACGAUGAGGACCAGCACGUUCAUCUCUGUCGCCCAGGUGAUCAUGUGCGUCAGAGAAUGGAAAUAGAGGUCAAGAGGAUGGGCUUCGACACACAGAACAUCUGGAGAGUGUCAGACAUAAACUGCAACUUCAAGCUGUCUCCCAGCUACCCGCAGAAGCUACUGGUUCCAAUAUGGAUCACAGACAAGGAGCUGGAGAGUGUUGCCUCCUUCAGAUCCUGGAAGAGGAUCCCUGUGGUCGUCUAUAGGCACCAGAAGAACGGGGCUGUGAUCGCCCGUUGCAGUCAGCCUGAGAUCAGCUGGUGGGGCUGGAGGAACACGGACGAUGAGUACCUGGUGACGUCCAUCGCCAAGGCCCGUCAGAUGGAUGCUGGAGCCAAGGGGGCCUGUGGAGCACCAGCCUGCCGACAGCGCGGGGAAGCUCCAGACUCCUCUGAUAGUGAUUUCGACUCGUCUCUGACAGGCGGCUCGGGCUGCGAUGACAACACUGUGCCGCAGAAGCUGCUGAUUCUCGACGCCCGCUCAUACACCGCUGCAGUGGCUAACAGAGCCAAGGGCGGAGGCUGUGAAUGUGAAGAGUACUACCCCAACUGCGAGGUGAUGUUCAUGGGAAUGGCUAACAUCCACGCCAUCCGGAACAGCUUCCAGGCUCUGAGGGCCGUCUGCAGUCAGAUUCCAGAUCCGGGAAACUGGCUCUCAGCACUGGAGAGCACCCGCUGGCUGCAGCACCUGUCCGUCAUGUUGAAGGCAGCCACCCUGGUGUGUUCAGCAGUGGAGAGGGACGGCCGUCCUGUUCUGGUUCACUGUUCGGAUGGCUGGGACCGCACACCCCAGAUCGUAGCCCUUGCCAAGGUCCUGCUGGACCCCUACUACAGAACGUUAGAGGGUUUCCAGGUGCUGGUAGAGACUGAGUGGCUGGACUAUGGCCAUAAGUUCGGGGACCGCUGUGGCCACCAGGAGAAUACUGACGAUGUGAGCGAGCAGUGUCCCGUCUUCCUGCAAUGGCUGGACUGUGUCCACCAGCUGCUCAAACAGUUCCCCUGCCUGUUUGAGUUCAAUGAGGCCUUCCUGGUCAAGUUGGUGCAGCACACGUACUCGUGUCUUUACGGCACGUUUCUGUGCAACAACGCUCGUGAGAGGGAGGCGAGGAACAUUUACAAACGCACCUGCUCCGUGUGGUCCCUGCUUCGGACGGGAAACAAGAACUUCCAGAACUUCCUCUACAUCCCCAGUCAUGAUAUGGUGCUGCAGCCAGUCUGCCAUACUCGGGCAUUACAGCUGUGGACAGCUGUUUACCUGCCCACCUCCUCCCCCUGCACAGCUGUGGAUGAUUCGAUGGAGCUCUACCUCCCCCCGAGUGUCACAGGAGACGAACUCACCUCCCGUUCCCUGGACAGACUUCCCAAGACCCGCUCCAUGGAUAACCUGCUGACGGCUUUUGAGAACGGGGUGCCCCUGACCCGUACAUCAAGUGACCCCAAUCUCAAUAAGCACUGCCAGGAGGGUCGCUCUGCCCUGGAGCCCUCGCCCGCUGUGGAAGAACCCUCUGCAGACAGCGCUGACGAGGACGUGCCUGACACCGGACUGGACAGUGCUGAGGAGGAGGAGGAGCCUCUGCAUCCGAGUCCUGCCAAGACCCCGAACGAUGCCCCAGGUGCAGAGAGCUGUGAUGAAGAUACUCUGGAGGAGCAGCCCUGUCUGACCACGCAGCCCCUGCCCUCCCUGCCCCUCCCCCCUGUCCCUCUCAGGAAGCAGGUCACGCCCGUUCACACUCCGUUCCCCACUCCUGUCCUCCAACAGGCUUUGCCUCAGAUCACAAACCCUCCACUCCCACCGCCGCCUACGGAGGCCGAGAGCCCCCAUUGGACUGCUGAGAGCACCACUUCUCCCACUCAUGAAUCUGAGCCGUGCUUACCUCUACCCUGCAACGGCACCCAACCUCCAGCCUCCACACCCGCCUCGCUGCUUAACGGCCACAGUGACAGCCAGGCCAACGGCCUCCCAGAAUCUGUAGACCUGCUGACUCUGAAGCCACUAACUCCACUCCUUCCCAUGGAAGACUCCACCGAGACUCUCACAGAUGAGGCAGAGCUUCCCCCCGCCCUGCCCCCCACAGUGCACCAUGAUCUUGGCGAGAAUUUUACCAGUGAGGAGCUGCCUGAGUCACAGCCCCAGGUUCACCCCCAGAAGGAGAAGGAGGACAUGAGGACAGAUGUAGUGAAAGGACGAGAGCGUAUGCUUACCGUUGCUCCUGUAGACUGCACCCAGGCAGCAGCUCGUCAUCUGAUCUCCCAGAGCCAGCUCUCAGACCUGUCCCUGCUCGGCUCUCACUGGGAAAGCGUGCGAGGCCUGGUCCAGUCCGCCUGCAACAGUGCCAGUCACUCUGGCAUCAGCCGGGCCUUGCAUCCCAACACUUACCAGAGCCGCCGGCUUGCCAGUAAGCUUCUCCGCUCCCAGGGCUUUGCCGUCGCCAAUGGGUCCCAGUGCUGCCGCAGGGAGGCUCCCUAUUGUCCCAGCAGCAAUCCGCAGCCUGGGUGGCUGUCCGCAGCCAAGAGUGCAGGCUACAUUGGCCUGUGUGGGCCUGCCGCUGCCGCCGCCGCCCUCAACAGCUUCUCCCUGGCAGGCCACCAGCUCCUACCGCUGUCAUACAGCCCACCCUCUGCUUCCAGCUCCCCUCUGCCGCUCCAGGCCCCGGGCUAUCUCGACGAUGACGGGCUGCCGGUGCCCAUGGACGCCGUGCAGCAGAGACUGCGGCAGAUUGAGGCAGGCUACAAGCAGGAGGUGGAGGUGCUGCGGCAGCAGGUGCGACAGCUGCAGAUGAAGCUGGAGAGUAAACAGUACAGCACCCCUCCCUCAGAGCCAGACAUCGACUAUGAGGAUGACAUUACAUGUCUGCGAGAGUCAGACAACAGCAACGAGGAGGAUUCUCUGUCCACCCACAGUGAGGACCGCCUGUCUGAGGGCAGCUGGGACCGAGUGGAGCGCAGGGACAUGGAGGUCACGAGGUGGGUGCCCGACCACAUGGCCUCCCAUUGUUUCAACUGUGACUGUGAGUUCUGGAUAGCCAAGAGACGUCAUCACUGCAGGAACUGUGGCAACGUGUUCUGUAAAGACUGCUGUCACCUGAAGCUGCCCAUCCCCGACCAGCAGCUGUAUGACGCGGUGCUGGUCUGCAACACCUGCCACGACCUGCUGCUGGAGGCCCGCACCCGCGAGAUCCGCAGCCAGCAGCUCAAGAAGGCCAUCGCCACAGCCUCCAGCUGAGGGAAGCACUGCGUGGCGUUGCCCGCCUCGGCUCUGUCCUGCUCGCUUCAGACCGACGAGCUGAGAGCCCCGUUGUAAACCCUUAGCCUGCCGUGGUCUGGGCUGCAGAAGGGGAAGAGGGGGUGGGGGGGUGAAUAUGAGUAGGAAUUGUUACUCUUUGGGAAGCUCAGUUUGCACUGUGAGACUUGUCCGCGAGGUGGUUAGGUUGAAAGUUCCGAGACGGAGGCGUGUCAGCAGGGGGGAGGGUUUUUUUCCCAGACGGAACAAACCCGUUCUGUUCAGAAAACAUUUUCAGCCCGGAGCGCUGCAGCGACCCGCUGUCCCAGAACACAAUCUCCACUCACCUUUACUACCAAACACCUGCCCCCCCUGACAGACACUGCCUCGCUCCAGAGGACAAUCGCUGACCCUUCCACGUGACGGGGGACUCCGAAGCCUUCACCAGUACUAUUGGAGGCUUUCAACUUCAAAAGAAAGGAAUUGCUGCUACAGUGUUUAAAAGUCUAAUUUUGUAUUCUUAUUUUGUGCACUACUAGCUGUUGUGUGUGUUGAGGGAAAUUCGAGACCAAACCUGAGCAAAAGGGAGAAAUCUGCUGUUUACUUUGCCAUCGCAUCUUUUUGUUUUGUUUUGUUUCUUAGGGCCUGAAUGUAAUACGUAAUGGGUAACUGGAUCGACUUUAUGUUCUCGUGCGUUCGGUGGGUUUGUGUAUGUUUUCAUUGCUGCGACGUGUUUUCAAAAUUAUGUAUAUUGCACAGUCAAUGUGGUUCUGUCCUUUUCUCCAAUGCUUUUCUCCAGCGUAGCCGCGGUGCAACAUUAGACGCUCCGGGCGAUUGUGUGCGUGUGGGCCGAUCGAUGCAAUGCUGUGUGUUGUUGUGUUCUGUGGGAUGUGUGCUUGAUGUGUGGAGAGGAAGAGACUAUGACGAUGCUGGAAGACUGGAGGUCUCUGUCAUGUCUUCUGAUGUGAGAUGGGUAAAGAAAAGUGAACGGAAGGUGCUGCUGGUUGUCUGUGACGAGACCGAGGGAAUCUCCUGCUGAGGUGCUUGAGGGCGAAUGGCUUAUGUCCGUAUAAAGCUUGAUGUCCACCUGACUGACGACUCCUCAGACUGCUGACUGGCAGUAAGGACUGAACAAAGUGCUUGGAGUUUCUUGUUCUGUUGAGGGGAGUUUGGCCGCGAUCCCCUUUCAAAAAAAAUGUGUUUGUCUACUGGUUGCUCCUUGAGACAAUAGUGCCAUAUUUUGUUUUGUCUAUUUUUAAAGCCUUUUUCUUUUCUCGUGGAUGGCAGCAGGUUUCUAAUUGGCCGCCUCUCUGAAAGUUUCAAUGGAACAGAUAGUUAGCUGUGUAAUAACACAGAAGCAACUAAAGAUUAACAACUGUUUUGAUUUGAUAACGAGGCUAACCAUUUAAACGGAUGACUGGAUGCACCGAAAUAUUGGACCUGUGCAGUUAUCCAAUCGUCUAAUUAUUUGAAUUUCAUCACAAGGUGUUUGUGAAGUCCGAAUCUUUUCGGAGGAGCUCAGAAAAUGUAACAUACAUAGUUAUCUGAUCUGUAGUGGUGGCUCAAACCUGUCACUUAAUGAAUAAUUGUUGUAAAGAAAUGCACUGUAAAAGUUAAAUCCCAUGGGUUAAAAUAAAAGAUUAUAUCAUG